UAUAAAGGCGGCUCCCGAAGCGGCGCGGGUGUUGCUUUCUGCUCGUCCCUGUGAUUGUGCAGUGGGGGACGUGAGGUUGCAGCGAUGCCCGAGCCGGCCAAGUCCGCCCCUGCGCCCAAGAAGGGCUCCAAGAAGGCGGUGACCAAGACUCAGAAGAAAGGCGACAAGAAGCGCAAGAAGAGCCGCAAGGAGAGCUACUCCAUCUACGUGUACAAGGUGCUGAAGCAGGUGCACCCCGACACGGGCAUCUCGUCCAAGGCCAUGGGCAUCAUGAACUCCUUCGUCAACGACAUCUUCGAGCGCAUCGCCGGCGAGGCGUCGCGCCUGGCGCACUACAACAAGCGCUCCACCAUCACGUCGCGGGAGAUCCAGACGGCCGUGCGGCUGCUGCUGCCCGGCGAGCUGGCCAAGCACGCCGUGUCCGAGGGCACCAAGGCUGUCACCAAGUACACCAGCUCCAAGUAGGGCGUCUCGGACCGUCACUCUCAACCCAAAGGCUCUUUUAAGAGCCACCCACAUACUCUAUAAAAGAGCUCUCAC